AGCCGCGGAGCCGGCGGCCGGUGGUCGGUGGUCGGCGGCCGGGGGCGCGGAGCUUCACCCGGGAGAGAGGGUCCGUGUCCCCGCUGCGUCUCUGCACAAGGGGGUUGUGAAGUGGUCGACACCCUGGAUUCCUACCGACAUGGUUCCACCAUGAGCGAGCAGCCGUUGGACCUCUGGUUCUGUGAGGAGUGUCAGGACUAUUUCCAGGAGGAGUGUCCGUCCCACGGGCCCCCUCUGUUUGUCCCCGACACGGCCGCGGCCCCAGGGUCGGCCAACAGGGCGGCGCUCACGGUCCCAUCAGGCCUGGAGGUCUUCACCGAGGGGGACGAGGUGGAUGUUCGCUGCGUGGAUGCAACCAUCCCUAAGGGGGCAGUCUUCGGUCCAUACGAGGGAGAGCUGGUGUCCAAAGACAAGUCCUCCGGCUUCUUCUCCUGGAUAAUUGUAGAUUUGAACAACACGUACCAGUCCAUCGAUGGCAGCGACGAGACCAAAGCCAACUGGAUGAGGUUUGUCCGGACCUCGUCAGAGGAGAGCGACAGGAACCUGACGGCGUUUCAACGCGGUAAAAACAUCUACUUCAGAGUGUGUCGGAGGCUGGUGGCGGGAGAGAAGCUGAGGGUUUGGUACAGCGACGACUACAUCCAACGACUUCACUGUGUUUCCCAGGAGAGCAUCGACCGCAACCUGCACACAGAUACCGGGAAUCCAGGAGUCCUGCCCAACAUUCAGAAGAACUUUAAAUCUCCCUGCCUGCAGUCAGCUCUGCAGGGCAAACUCUGCCCCAGUAAACAGCCCAGUGAAGAGACAGACGGUCAGCCUCCUGCCAAGAGGAAGAAGAUAGACCUCAUUUUCAAAGACGUCCUAGAAGCUUCUCUAGAGGACUCCUGCAAGUCCAGGUCCCAGUCUUCCCUCCCCAGUGAGUGCAAAGUACCUGUGCUCGGGUCGGGGUUUAACUCGUCCGAAAGCAGCUUUAACGUUCCCAACCUGAAGGUGGAGGAGAAAGAGGAGCAGAACCAGGAACCCUCCACCUCCUUCUGCCCCAACUGUAUCAAACUGAAGAGGAGGAUCCUGGAGCUAGAGGAGGAACUGUCUCGUCUAAGAGGAGAACAGGGGGACGUGGUCGGUUCAUCAAUGUCUGAGCAGACCCUGUCCAAGCACGAUCAGGUCCCACCCCACCCUGAGCAAGGACCCAUCGAAGAUUUUCAAGGGAUGGAGCCCUUGACGCCCACUCAGGUGGUUCUGGAUGAAGACGAUCAGGACGUGGACUCGGCUGAUGAGUCAAUUACUGCAGAUCUUGUGAUUUCUCCAGAGGACUCCUCGAAGCUUUCCUCUGGAGGAGGCCGACGGAUUCGUCGUUUCAAGCAGGAGUGGCUGAAAAAGUUCUGGUUCCUGCGCUACUCUCCAACCCUGAAUGAGAUGUGGUGCCACGUCUGCCGCCAGUACACCGUCCAGUCAUCCCGAACCUCUGCCUUCAUCAUCGGCUCCAAGCAGUUCAAGAUCCACACCAUCAAGCUCCACAGCCAGAGCAACCUCCAUAAGAAAUGUUUGCAGCUGUAUAAGCUGCGUAUGCACCCAGAGAAGACAGAGGAGAUGUGCAAGAACAUGAUGCUGCUGUUCAACGCAGCGUACCACUUGGCCCUGGAGGGACGGCCCUUCUCCGACCUCCGUUCACUGGCGGAGCUGCUCAAGAAAUGUGAGCUCAAAGUGGUGGAUCAGUACAUGAAUGAAGGAGACUGUCAGAUCCUCAUCCACCACAUCUCACGGGCUUUAAAAGAAGACCUGGCUGAGAAGAUGCGCCUGUCUCCCUUUCUAAGCAUCAUCAUGGAUGCCCAAAAUGAUGACCUUUUCUCAGACAUGGUGGCAGUCUAUGUACAGUUCAUAACCAAUGAGGGCUCACCCAAUACAGAGUUCCUGUCCUUGCAGAGACUGAGCAUGGCUAGUGUGGACGGAUAUCUGCAGGCUAUGGAUCGAGCCUUCGGUGUCCUGGGCCUCAGGUUUCAGGACAUGCUAGUGGUGGGUCUGGGGGUGGACGGCACUAACAUUUCUUCAGGAAUGAGGGCCAACAUGUACAUAGCCGUGCAGAAAACAUUCCCUUGGAUCCUCUGCCUUCCCAUCAUGAUCCAUCGUCCUCAUCUGGAGGUGCUGGAUGCCAUUAGUGGGAAGGAGCUCUCCUGCCUGGAGGACCUGGAAAACAACCUCAAGCAGCUCCUCAGUUUCUACCGCUACUCCCCUCGGAUGAUGGCCGAGCUCCGAUCGACUGCUCCGACACUGUCGGAGGAGACGGAGUUCCUCGGAGACAUCAGAGCCAUUCGAUGGAUCAUAGGAGAACCCAAUGUUCUUAAUGCACUCAUCAAAGAUUACCUGGAGGUAGUCGCCCACCUGAAGGAGAUCAGCAGCCAGACACAGAGAGCUGACGCUGCAGCCAUCGCUCUCACGCUCCUCCAGUUCCUCAUGGACUAUCAGUCAGUAAAGCUCAUCUACUUCCUCCUGGACAUCAUAGCUGUGCUCUCACGAUUAGCCUUCACCUUCCAGGGAGAGUACCUGCUGGUGUCACAGGUGGAAGCCAAAAUUGAGGAGGCCAUUCAUGAGAUAGGCCAGUUGGUGGACUGCCCUGGAGAGUAUCUGCAGGAGUUUGAGGAAAAUUUCCGCGAAAGUUUCAACGGUGUUGCUCUGAAGAAUCUGCGUGUUGCAGAGUCCAAAUUUCAGUCCAUCCGAGAGAAGAUCUGCAACAGGAGCCAAGGCAUCCUGUCUCAAAGGCUGGACCUACAGAGUCGCUCAUUUGCCAAAGCCUGCAGGGUCCUGGACCUGUCCACCUGGCCUCACAACCGGGAGGACCUUCAAGUCUAUGGGGAGGAGGAAAUCCAGCUGAUAUUCAACCAUCUGGAGUCCAUUCCUUCUGCAGGUCAGGAGAGCUCCCAGGCCAGAACGGAGGCCAGAGGCUGCCUGGUGGUGGAGUGGAAGGAUCUGAAAGCAGACUACUACAGCAUGAAUGGUUUCAAAGAGGUCAUCGGUCACAUCUGCAGGUACAGGCAGCGUUUUCCUCUGCUGAACCGGAUUGUGCAAGUUGUCAGGGUCCUGCCCAGUUCCACGGCCUGCUGCGAUAAAGGCCGAGGGGCUCUACAGAAGAUGUGCAAAAACAAUCGUUCCCGGCUGACCGUGGAGCAGAUGAACGACCUGCUGACCGUGGCAGUUAACGGACCGCCCAUCACCAAUUUUGACGGGAAGCGAGCAUUGGACAGCUGGUUUGAGGAGAAGUCUGGCAGCAGUUACUCGCUAUCAGCUGAGGUGUUGAACAGGAUGUCGGCUGCCGAUCAGAAGUCUGUUUUACACAACGUUGACGUCAACACAGAGUUUUACCCUGACAUCUAACAGGCACACCCAGUGGUGUAGCACUGCAACACACUACACUAAUACUAAUGUGAGUCAGCGUCGCUCCUCACCACCAGUGAGUCCCAACCAGGGGUACUUGUACCUGCAGUUACCACGGGUUAGGAGGAAUGAUUGUGAAGCUUGGUUAAGAUGGAAAAAUUAGGAAUUAUGAUUGAAUAAUACAGGGUAUAGUAGAUCCUCAUAUUUGGGUUUAGGAGGGAAAUCAGCACACAAAUAGGAUUACGACAUUGUGUGAUGCUGAUCUUUAGUUUGGUUUUUGUCACCCUAACUUACCAACCAUGUUAGUCUGACCGUACGAGACAUGUCUCAGUUUUUCACUGACCAGUCAGUUUUUUUUCCUAAGACUGCAGUAGACUAUAUAGACUAGUUAUAAGAAUAAAAAUAACUAAAGACUAAACUUGACAAAACUACUAAAAGAACAUUAGAAAAGGUUGGGAACCACUGGGCAAACUUCUUACUAAGAAAAAUCCCCGUUCAGCUGGCUGGAUGGAUUACAGAACGGGCCAGAGGGCACAGGUCCAGGGGCCCACAGGGUCAGGGGGGGCCCCUGCUUCACCUGCAAAAAAAACUUAAAGAUAGGCAAAUUAACUUAAGAGACAUAGAAAACGACCACAAAAGACGCAGUUGUGUUGUUUGUGGUCUUGUUGCUUUGACUCGUCUGUGCCCAGGGUCCCACUGUCUCAUAAUCCGUCCACGUUCAGCUGGAUGUCAGGCUGAAAUCUUCCAACUCUGACUGACUGACUUCUUUCACUGAUGAGUAUUGUCAAACCGAGGGCUGCUGAGUGGCCCCUACACUUGCUAUAUUAUAAUAAAGCGCUUGUUGUCAGAAUCACAGACAGUUAUACAUUGGGAACAAUCAGUUAUUGUCAAACCGAUGUCUGUGUUAUUGAGCCGCUCUCUGCUUUAGCUUAUUUGCCAAUGGGAUAUUCAGUCAUGUAGUGCCUGGCAGAAAUGAAAAGCUAGAGUGUCAGGAUGUAUACAGGCUUUAUAUUUCUAUUAGAACUGCAUACAACCCUGCUUCGCGCUAUAUAUAAUGUACAGACUGUAUAUAUUGUAAAUGCUUUUGAGCCUGUUUUUAAGGAGAGUAUUUUUCUCUUGACUUUGAUGAUUGUGCCAUAAUGAUCGAGUGCAAGAGCUAAAAGAAAAAGGUGCUAUCCUGCUAUGCCAUAAUGUAAUUUGCCAUAUUUGUUUAGAUGUUCACUACAGCAAAUGAUAUAUUUGAAAUAUGUUAUUUUUAACUGAUGCACCGGCUUUGUGUUUGGAUGUUUCUAGCCUGUUAUCUUCAGUCCUGAUCAAAGCUUUGGCUUCAAAAUGUUUGAGAUAAGUUUUAAAAACUGCAUGAUGAAAUUCAACCGUUGCUUUUAGCACUAAAGUAGUAUUUUAUAAUAAUUACCAAGAUGUCUGUAUUUAAGGCUGAAUAGUGGGGAAAUGAUGAGCCGAGACCGGCUGACCUCAGUAGGCAGAAGGUCACUUUUACUUUAUUUUUUUUACAAAAUCUUGGUAAAAUUUGCUUUGUUUCCUGAAAUUAAAGGAAUAGUUUGACAUUUUGGGAAAUGCACUAACUGGGCUUCUUGAUGCGAGUUAGUUGAUAUCGAUUUCAUGUCUGUGCAUUCAUUUCACCUCAGGACGUUCAGACUGUAAAUACAAGCAGCUGAGAGGGAAAAACCGCUCAUAUCCGCCUUUGACUUGUAAUUCCAACUCGGACAUAUCAGGAAUUUCUGACGUUUCUGGAAACGCGUAUAUAUAGACCAUCAUCACUGGCAGUUAUGUACGUCAGAAUCAAAUGUUAAGGCCUCUACAGUCAGUUCAGCUCAUUUAAAAGGGCCUAAACUUUGUUUCUAUCUGGUUUCACCUGUUAACAAACUAAUCCGUUUAAAUGGGUCGACUACAGAGCUGUUUAUGGGGGUAACGAUGCAUUCACACAACGUCAGCAGAAAGAGAGGAACUGGGAGUGUUGACACAUUAUUCCAGACGUUAGCGGGGCUGCCAACGUCGUAGUCGCAGCAGAUAAACAGAAUAAAUUAGCUUCUCCUGUUGUGUAAUGUGUUUGUCGAGGUUUGUUACCGAGCGAAACCAGAUCCACACAAACAGCUGCUGUAAAAUGAGCUGAACGGAUUCUAUGCGUGUUAAUGUUGGAUUUUAUUUCGUAGCACCUGCAGCCGUUCCACCGACGGUCUGUGGACGCGUCUGUGCGUCUUUCGCCCAGCGAGAUUCACCAGGUCUGACUCGGAGUCAGUGGUCUGGGGCUGACGUCAGACAGAUUUUACCGCUCGGCUGCUCGUCAGUUUUUUCCUGCUCCUCUUUUCCUUCUGCCGGCGUGAGUCCGACACUCGUACAAAGCUACAGCUGAGAGGAGUGGGAUUAUCUUACUUUAGCAUAAAGACUGGAAGCAGGGGGAAACAGCUAGCCUGGCAUAACUGGCUAACCGUUUCCCCCCGUUUCCAGUCUUUAUGCUAAGCUACGCUACUGGCCCCCUGGCUCUAGCUCCAUACUUAGUGCACAGACAUGAGAGUGGUAUUGAUUGAUCGUCUUUUGAGAAAGUAUGAGAAAAAGCGUGUUUUCGGAAAUAUUCCCCAAAGCGUUGAACUGGUUCUUAAUGAUAGUUGUAUGGUUUGCUCUAAGCUGUUUAAUCCUCUUCCUUUCCUAUCGCUGAGAGAUACUGUAAAACCUGUAUGCCUUUGUUUUUAGUCACAUUUUGUGCAUGUGUGUAUUGUAUGCAUGCAGUUAUUAAUGUUUAAAGCUGUUGUGUUGCGGAGGUGUUUGAAUGCGGGAUGCUACCGGAGCUGUGCGAGUUGUCUCUGGAUGUGGUGUCAGACUGAUGACGCAGCGUUUUUCUGAACGGUUCGUGAGCAGCGCUGAGCUCAUCGGAGCUUAAAGACUGUUGGUUUGAUCACACUUCAGUUUUUACUGCUGCAGUUUCAAUCCAAAAACAUUAGACUCAUGAAUGCCAACAUUUUGUGCUUUGCCUUACACUGCGUGUGUUUAUCUUUACACCGACGUUUGGCUGAUUGUAACCUGACUCCACAGCUGCAGGGAGUUGGCUUGAAGUUGUUCAUGUUUGGUGUUUGCUGAACUGUGAGAUUUUUCACUGCUAGAAUGUUGUUCACAGAUGAACCAAAAACAAAUGUGUGCUCACUUGAUUUCUAUGUUCCCUGUUUUUUUUGUUUUGUUUGUUUUUCUGCUUGAGAUGCUUUAAAAAUACAUUUUAAAAGACACUUUAUCUGAAGUAGUUUCAUCACACAUCUUGAACGGACACUGUUGCCAUUGUCAGGUACAAACAAUACGGUAUUGUCAGGUUUUUGGGAAGUGACAGAGUACAUUUACUGAAGUACUGUACUGGGGUAA